AUGCCUUUUACGGAAGAACAAAAAAAUGAUUACUACCAGGCUUUUAAAUUAUAUGAUCAUAAAGGUGAUGACACCAUUCAACCUGAAAUUUUAGGCGACUUGUUACGUGCCCUCGGGCAAAGUCCCACACAGGCUGAAGUAACGGAACUUGCCAAAUCCGCAGGAAGUAAAAUAACUUUCGAGAAAUUUAUUGAAAUCCUUGGUCGACCAAAUGGAUUUGCACCAGCCGGUACAUACGAAGAAUUUGUUGAAGGCUUUCAAGUUCUUGACAAGGACAGAACUGGUUAUAUUUCCGCAUCUGAAUUAAGAUAUGGUUUGUACUUUGUUUGCAUUGAAUCUCAUGAACCUCAUCCUUCAUAA